UUAAAAACGUAAACAAACGUUCAAUCGGCAAAGUUAAUUGAAUUUCUUGUGUUUUUCCGUAUUUUUUGUCUAAAAAAUCACUUAAAAAUGGGUCGUGAUAGCAGAGAUCGCGAUAACAAAAAAGACAAGAAACGCUCCAGGAGUCGUUCGAGGUCAAAUGAUCGCAAAAAACGCCGUGAAGAGAAGCGUAAAGACCGUCACAGAUCCCGUACGCCCGAAGAAAAGCCUCGACGUCGCAGAUUUGAGUCGCCCAGCAAAUACGAGAAACGCGAAACAAGUUCUUCCAGCAGCAAACCUGAACCAACGAAGCGCGAAACAACCUUUGAUAUUCCAGUUCCGGGCACCGUUGACAAAGAUGAGGCGCAAAAACAGCUGGAAGCGGAAAUGCAAAAGCGUCGUGAACGCAUUGAGCGAUGGCGUGCGGAGAGAAAACGCAAAGAGCUGGAAAUGGGAAAGAAAGAUCGCGUAUUGGCAAGUGUAAUCCCGGCGCCAACAGGAAAAAUUUGGUCAUUGGAUGACGAGGAAUCGGAUGAUGAUGUCAUUGAAGUAAAGCCUGAUACUCCUGUAUCGAAAUUUAGUUCAUCAUCGGGAACGCCGCCAUUACCAACGAUCACGGAAAAGAUGGAAACGGAUGAAAAUUCGCCUGCACCGCCGCCAAAAACGAUCGAUGUUGAUGACGAAGACACUGAAAGCAGUGAAAAAGACAAAAAAUCACAAGAAGACGAUGACGAAGAUGACAUUGAUCCGUUGGAUGCUUACAUGAAACAAGUACAAGACGAAGUGCGAUCGCUGAAAAAUUUAGAUGAAAAGCCCAAAUCCAACAAAGGAGGUUUAACAAUUGUCACGGGAGUCGCAAAAAAGACCGAAACCAACGCCAAUGGCAAAGAAACAUCCAAAAAGAAGGGAGAACUGUUGGAACAAAAUCAAGACGGUCUCGAAUACUCGAGCGAAGAAGAAAUGGAAGACAUCAAAGACACCGCUGCGAAUCUCGCGAACAAACAAAAGAAAGAACUGGCAAAAGUAGAUCAUUCCGCGAUGACUUACAACACAUUCCGUAAGGAAUUUUACAAAGAAGUACCCGAAAUUGCCCAAAUGACGCCCGAAGAAGUCGACCAAUAUCGCUGCGACAUGGAAGGAAUUCAAGUAAAAGGCAAAGGAUGUCCCAAACCGAUCAAAACUUGGGCGCAAUGUGGCAUUUCGAAGAAAGAAUUGGAAGUUUUGAAGAAGAUGAAGUUCGAAAAACCGACUCCCAUUCAAGCACAAGCCAUUCCCGCGGUGAUGUCAGGACGAGAUCUCAUUGGAAUCGCCAAAACGGGCAGCGGAAAGACUUUGGCGUUCAUUCUGCCGAUGUUUCGUCACAUUUUGGAUCAACCUCCAUUGGAGGAAGGAGAUGGCCCGAUAGCGAUUAUCUUGACUCCGACACGAGAACUUUGCAUGCAAAUCGGAAAAGACAUUCGAAAGUUCUCAAAAUCCCUUCAACUGCAUGCUGUUUGCGUUUAUGGCGGCACAGGGAUCUCCGAACAAAUCGCAGAGCUCAAAAGAGGUGCUGAAAUAAUCGUUUGCACGCCGGGACGCAUGAUAGAUAUGUUGGCAGCGAAUUCAGGAAGAGUCACGAAUUUGCGACGCGUGACAUAUAUCGUGCUGGAUGAAGCUGAUCGGAUGUUCGAUAUGGGAUUUGAACCGCAAGUCAUGCGAAUUGUCGAUAAUGUGAGACCUGAUCGACAAACUGUGUUAUUUAGUGCUACUUUUCCGCGGCAAAUGGAAGCUUUGGCACGAAGAAUUUUGAAAAAACCUAUUGAAAUUAUCGUUGGAGGUCGUUCUGUGGUAUGUAAAGAGGUUGAGCAGCACGUUUGUGUGUUGGAAGACGAUGCAAAGUUCUUUAAGCUGUUGGAGCUUUUGGGACAGUAUCAGGAACACGGAAGUAUCAUCGUUUUCGUGGACAAACAAGAAAACGCGGAUAUCCUGUUGAAAGACCUCAUGAAAGCUUCGUAUCCGUGCAUGUGUCUCCAUGGCGGAAUCGAUCAAUUUGAUCGUGAUUCAACGAUUCUCGACUUCAAAAGUGGCAAAUGUAAGCUUUUGAUAGCAACUUCCGUCGCAGCUCGCGGUUUGGAUGUCAAACAACUCAUCUUAGUCGUCAAUUAUGAUUGUCCGAACCAUUAUGAGGAUUAUGUACAUCGCGUGGGAAGAACAGGACGCGCCGGAAACAAAGGCUGCGCAUGGACUUUUGUGAAUCACGAACAAGGAAGAUACGCUGGCGAGAUUAUACGUGCCUUGGAGUUGUCAAAUGUCGAAGUCCCCGAAGAUUUGAAGAAUUUGUUCGAAGAAUAUAAAGCAGCUCAAGAGGCAAGCGGCAAAAAAGUUCAUACCGGAGGCGGUUUCAGCGGCAAAGGCUUCAAAUUCGACGAACAAGAGGCUGCAAUCGCAAAUGAGAAGAAGAAACUUCAAAAAGCGGCACUCGGAUUGCAAGAUUCUGACGACGAGGAUGACUUGGAGAACGACAUUGAUCAAACGAUUGAGUCGAUGUUCGCCACGAAACGCAUUGUGAAGGAAGUUGAAGCGCCAAUUAUCACGACAAAUGUUCCUGUGACAACUUCAAGUACAACAACGAAUGCUGAAAAACUGGAAUUAGCGAAGAAAUUGGCAUCGCGCAUUAAUAUGGCGAAGAAUUUGGGCACAGAAUCGAAAGGCGCCACACAACAAGCUGCCGAAGCAAUUCUCAAGGGAUCGCAUCCACUGAUAACAGCAAAGACUGUCGCAGAGCAACUCGCUGCUAAAUUGAAUACAAAACUCAAUUAUCAACCGAAAGACGACGAGGACAAUCCCGAACAGUCGGAGCAAGUUUUCCGCAAAUACGAGGAAGAGCUUGAAAUUAACGAUUUUCCGCAACAAGCUCGAUGGAAAGUCACUUCCAAAGAAGCUCUUGCCCAAAUUUCCGAAUAUUCGGAGGCUGGGUUGACUGUUCGAGGUACUUAUGUUCCGCCAGGCAAGCCUGUGCCUGAGGGCGAACGAAAAUUAUAUCUCGCCAUCGAGAGUUGCAGUGAGUUGGCGGUGUCGAAAGCGAAACGGGAGAUUACUCGACUCAUCAAGGACGAAUUGUUGAAGAUGCAGGCGACGUCACAUCAUCUCAUUAACAAAGCACGUUACAAAGUCUUGUAAAUUUCCCUUUUUUAUUGUAAAAAAUGCAACAAUUCUCUAUUAAAAAUGACGAAAACUUCUA